AAACGUAACUGUCUAUUGAUACGAUUAUGUACACUACGUAAUCACGUUGAUAGACCUCUCAUAGCUAGAUGAUCGCCGUUUAUUUAACUGAUCAUCACACUAACAUUUGUGUACAUUCGACUGAUACAGUUUGACACAGGGCGAUUAUUUCAUGAUAUUGAAAAAAAAAACUUUUACUUUUAUUUUAAAACUAGCGCUUGAACUUAACCAAUCAGAAUAAAUUGUACUGCGAUCUGAAAAAUUAUUUUUGUCAAUAACAAGAAAAGUGAAACAUGAAUUAAUUAUUAAGUGAAAUUUGAUAGUUUAAGUGAAUAAUAAAAACGCUAAUAUAAUAAUUAAAUAAAAGUUUAGUUAUAAAUAAAUUUUAAAAAUGGAUUAUUUUAAUCACAAACAAGAGAUUAUUGACUUUAUAAGAUUUGUCCAUUAUCAGGGAGUCAGAAGCUCUAGAAAUCAUGAAGGAAUUUCUGAACCAAGAUCCAGUGCUCACCUCUGAUACCUAUCUAGGAGCGAGGAUGAACCAAAAGUCCCUGAAUUUCCAUACUCAACUACAUGACUGGAGCGAGGCUCAGCAGCUAUCAGCACUUGCCAGUAAACAUGCAAACCUUCUAAGUUCUGCAAAAGAUGGACAGGCGUUCUUACCAGUUAAAAAACUGGCCCAUAUUGAAUACUGGACUAGACAAGUCAAUAGAUAUUAUAGACCUAACAGAGGAUGUAGACCUAAAUCUGGCAGUUUUAUGAAAAUUGAUGUCACAAAAUUCAAUAUGAAAGUUGAUAAACCGCAGAUCAGCCGUAGUAAAUCAGCUAUUUACCCCCAACGUCAGCGACCUGAAACUGCUAUCAGCAGACACCCAUCAGCACCACGGAGACGAUUCUUUGGAACAGAUGUUCAUACAGUAAACAAUAAUCUAAUCGAUUCUCAGAUGCACUAUUCAGCCCAAAGGAAGGAUCUUUAUUCUGCCACAACAAAACGGUCACAAAAAAGCACAAAGGUCAACAACCUGCAGCCUGAUUUUCUAGAAAAUGGAGUCAGUGAAUUAAAUGGGCCAUCUAAAGCUGAUAAUGACUCAGAAACUAUUACUAUAAUAGAUAAAACAGACAGUUCCAAAGUAAGUGACCUUGAAACACAAAGUCAAGGUCAUAUAGAUACAGAAGUCCUUCAGCCACAAAUUGUCUCAAGGUCAUGGUCAAAUAGAAUGCUAAAUGUGAUUUCAAUCGACGACUGUAAACUUACAUGCAGGUACAGACCUCAAGUUAUUAAGGAAAACCAUCCAAUUCCCGAUGAUCUUGACCUCAUGCAAAAAGCAAGAGCAAACAAAGUGAGGCAUGAAAGUAAGACAGUAACAGAAACUAAGGAAAAGUCUAAACCUGAAAAUGAAAAAGAAAUGAAUGGUAAUGAAGCAGAUGAUGAAGCAGAUAAUAGUGAGGAUGUUGUUGACAAUAUAGAUAGACUGUGUAUAGAAGAACCUGUAAAUAUGAACUAUAACACUACAGCUGAAACUUGCCAUAAUGAAACUGAACAGAAAACAGAAGCUGAAGAAAAUGAUGAUUUCCUUCAAAAUACUGAUGAAGUUUUUUCAGAAACUAAAAUAAAAGAUAAAAGCACAUCUUCUGAAGGAACUGAAAUAUCUGAAAGGAGUGGGCAAAGAUUAAAAUAUGAUAAUAAAUCGAAUGGGAAUGACAUGGUGCUUGAUGACAGAAUUCCAAGCUCUCAGGGAGCAAGUAAAACUAGUUACGGUCGAAUCACAACCCUUUAUCCCCAGUCAGAAAGUCAAAACACCAAAGUUAAAGAUGGACAAAGGAGAAAGAAGGUAUCUAGAACAUCUAGAAUUAAUUAUGCCAUAAAUGACAUGGUAAAAGAAAGAAAAGUGAUGAAUUCUUUAGAGAGAGACUUUGACACAAGGACUGCAGAAUUUGGAAGAACAGUAGUAGAAAAAACCGAGGGCAGUGAAACUUUUAAGAAAAUUCAUGCCAAUCUACGCAAAAAGAUUGAUGCUUUUGUAGAUACUCAUAGUGCUGUUAAAACAAAAGAAUUCUAUGUAAAAAGUAGAUCAAAUAGUGCUACAAAUUCAAUAACAAAUCCAUAAAUCAUGUGCAGUUAAUUGAAUGAUUAAUUAAAACAAAUUCAUAAGAAGAUAAAUGUUGUUGCAUGUGCACUGCUUAUAAAACUAAUGUUGUAAAUUAAUUAAUAUUCAUGUGGUCAUCUUUGACUUUGGAGCAGAAAGAAACCAUCCAACAAUCUUUAAAACAACAAGUAAUGUGAAAAAUCAAUGAAUAAUGACUUCAACUCUUGAAAUCUGUUAGGGCAAGUUGAAUCACAGCUUUAAUGUAUUAUCAUCAGCUAAUGAAUUAUAUUAAAUAUUUUAAAUAUACGAUUUUAAAUGAAUUCUGGUUCACAUUCAAUCUCAUUAAAAUCAUUUUGUUACUGACUCUCUACUUAGAAUCUGAUAACAUUGCUUUGGAGGUCACCUCAUUUUGACCUACACUUAGCAAAUCAAAUCAUUGACUUGAGAAUGCUAAAGCGUAACUCUGUGAAUUCUUAUCAUUUAAUACAACAAACCUAUUGUAGAGUACAAGAGCCAUAACAAAGAGGUGUUUUAACAAGACUGGUUACCAUCUAUACUGAUCAUCAGACAGCCAAAUUUGGUUCACAUUUUCUUACUACAUUGAUAUGUCAAAUUUCCUAAUCCAUUCUAAUCAUAACCAGAAUUUAUUUGACUAUAUGUAAACCAGUCUGCUAUUAAUAUAACCAGUCCAUGAAUUUGUUUUGUAAUCAGUCUAUAAAUUUGUUUUGUAAUCAGUCUGUUAUAGUCAGAAAACAAUCAACCGUUACCAGACUGCAAUCUUAUUCACAGUAACAGUCUCCACCUGGGAGAGAAACAAUCUGUGAAAACAGACACUUUGAAAUCAAUUAGUAAAUGUGUCUUCAAUAGCUUAAUUUUGUAAACAUACUAAUUUAACAUGUUUAUAGAUUUUCCUCAAAGAGGGUUUGUGUGGUGUUUAGAAAAUAAAUUGAGAAUAAAGCAAUGACAUGA